AUGAGUAAUUUAAAUACACCAAAGCAACAAAAUCGUCGUAAAACAAUAAUGUCUCUUGAAACACCAACUUUUGUAAGAAGUACAAGAAGAUCUACUUUAAUUCAACGAACCGAGCAACCAAAAACACCUCUGGUGUUGAGUCAAGAGCCUAAUUUAUCAACGCCACCUCCGAUUCCUAAAUAUGCAGAGCAAUCAUUAGAAACACCAAAAAGUAGAUUAUUGGAUCCAGUUUAUGAAAGGAUCAAUCGUGAUUUAAAUAGUCCUUCGGCUGCAGCACGUAUUCGUGCACAACGCGCAUUGAAGUCUCCAGGCUUUCGAAAAGCUAAUUAUCAGAUUUUUGAUGUUCCUCAUGAAGAACAGGACAUAAUAACAGAAGAAGAACGACAGCCUUAUCGCCCAAAAACUAUGAAAGAAACUUUUGCAAAUUGUCACAUUUAUGUAGAAGUUCGUACUGGCGAUGACAAUAGAAGUGCUGGAAUAAAGAGCAUUUUAUUAGGAGAAGGGAUUAAAGUCAAUGAUAAAUUGUACAGAAAUACAACUCACGUAAUCUUUAAGGACGGGUUACUUUCAACUUAUAAGCAAGCACAAAAAAUGGGAAUUCCAGUCACUAAUAUUCUGUGGAUUGAUGCGUGCCGCAAGCAACAUCGUUUAGUUGAUCCAUCACAAUUUCCAAUAUCUAAUAAGGAACGUUAUGAUAAUCCAGAGAUAUACGGACGUGUUCGUCGACAAAAGUCAAUGCAGCCUGAAAUAAGUAAAGUUGUAACUUUGCCGAGCAGCAAAGCUAAAAAGUUUACUGAAAUUAAUUCCAAAGAAGACGAUGACGAUGAUGUGACUAUCACAAAUUAUUCAGAUAUGUGUGAAGAGACUGUUAAAGACUGUACUGAAAUGGAAAUGACUCGAAUCAAUAAGACAUUGACAAAUGACUCGAUUGAAAUAGUCACACAAAUUGAAAAGACUGCCGAAAAAUCCGCAACUAGUCGUCGCUUAACGACUUUUACACCACGUCCAAUGGAACAAACAAAUCUGGAAUCUCAGGCAUGGAAGUCUGUUGAUCGUCGUCGUACAAUAAUGCCAUCACAAUUUGGUGAUGAUCUUACACCUAAAACUAAUGCAAAUUCUCAAUCUAGCAAGACUUUAGUUUUUAAUUCUGCAAAUCGUAUAGGAAGUGCAUCACGUCGUAGUGUUCUGGACAUAUCGAUGAACAUUUUUGAACUUAAUUGCAAGGCAAUGACUGAAAAUAAGAAAAGUAAAGUCGAUAAAGUAACGGAAGAAACUGAAAAUCAAUUAGACUCUUCUCAAAACAUCACAAUAACGCAAACUGUUAAGCCUGCAAUUGUCCGUAAACGUAAAUUAUUCUCAACUGAUCAUGAUGAUUCGAUUGAGUAUAAAGAGAACUGCAAUACACCAGAAAAUGAUGUCAGCAUCAAGAAGAAAUUAAAACGUGAUAUUUCAGCAUCAACAAAGACGGUUAAAACUGAUAAGAAGUCAAAAAUAUCUGGAGCAUUGGAUCGUCGCAAGACAAUUUCAUUUUUCAAGGCUCGAGACAAAAUUGAUGAAUCAAAUUCUAGCGUUAAAGUCACUCCAACAAAACCUUCUCCUAAAUAUAUUGUUUGUACUAAUAUGUCUACUGCUGAUAGGGAAAUAGCUCAUGCUGCGAUAACAAAACUCGGUGGGAUACUCGAGAAAGAGGUCACUGAAAAAACGACUCACGUCAUCACUCCAAAUACUGAAAGAACAAUGAACUUACUCAGAGGUAUCAUCAGAGCUUGCUACAUCUUAAAAUACGACUGGAUCACAGAAUCUGUAAAGGCUGGAAUGUUUCUUGACACGACUAUGUAUCAGCAUGAGAUUUGUAAUAAUCAGAAGAUCUGUGAACGCUCAAUUCUUGGCAAGAACUUUAAGAACCUUUCAUUCUCACAUUACGGACCAUUUUACAUCAACAGAGAUACGAUUGAUAAUUUGAAAAAGUACGAAUAUGUUCGAGAGAUCAUUAAACUGUGUAACGGGAACAUGACGACCAACAUUAAUGAUGCAAGAAUGAUAGUCAGUGAUCGUCCUUUGAUUCUACCACUUAGUCAUAAGAAGCCAACUGUUGUCAUAUCCACAUACAUUUUCGAUGCAGCAAUGCAAGGAAAAUUGAUUCCAAAUGCAAAGUACAUACCAAAAGUAGCGUGA